AUGAUUAGCAAGGUACAGGGACAGACUCUCUUGGGUAUUGGAUCCGACAUCGUAUUUUUGCCGCGGUUUAGGAAGAUAAUUAAAGCACUUCCGGCAGUACAUCAACCUUCACUGGUCUGUUUGCCGUCGAUAUGUCGCAAGUUUAUGCACCCGAUGGAAACUGAGCACCUAAAGUCGCUUCUUCUUCGCGAUGCUAGUAAUGAAAGCGCAGCAGUUCGAUACAUAGCUGGUGUUUGGGCGACCAAAGAAGCUGUUUAUAAGGCACUCAGCUCUUCCGUCGUACCUGACCAUUUACCGCCAGCUUCUACAAUCUAUACAAAACUAUGCUACAAAGUAAACUACCAAGACGUGGGACGCCCAAUGGUUAUUCUAGACCCCAAAUUUCGUUCGAAGACUGCGUACAAAUUAUUUUGGGACCGAUAUGUUACAAACUCAGAGUUUCUGGUGACCAUUUCCCAUGAUACAGACUAUUUAAUAUCAUUCGUAGCACAUGUCAGAAAUGAAUACAUGUCAGAAAUGAAACCAUGCAAGAAACAGCCAGAAAGUCUCCGCCUGAUGACCACAAAGAAUAUAAACUGA